AAAGCUCCAUGGACUCACUCUCUUCCCCUCGAUUACAAUCGCCGAUUAAAAACCAACAAAAUGAAGGCGGAGCUAAAUUUACCGGCGGGAUUCCGAUUUCACCCGACGGACGAGGAGCUAGUUAAGUUCUAUCUCUGCCGGAGAUGCGCGUCGGAGCCGAUCACCGUUCCGGUGAUCGCUGAGAUUGAUCUGUACAAGUUCAAUCCAUGGGAGCUUCCAGACAAGGCGUUGUACGGAGAGAAAGAAUGGUACUUCUUCUCACACCGAGACCGGAAAUACCCAAACGGUUCGCGUCCAAACCGGGCAGCUGGAACCGGUUAUUGGAAAGCGACUGGAGCUGAUAAACCGAUCGGUAAACCGAAGACGUUGGGGAUUAAGAAAGCGCUCGUCUUCUACGCAGGGAAAGCUCCGAGAGGAGUGAAGACGAAUUGGAUUAUGCACGAGUAUCGUCUCGCUAAUGUUGACCGGUCCGCUUCUUCGAACAGGAAGAACAACUUAAGACUUGAUGAUUGGGUGUUAUGUCGGAUUUACAAUAAGAAAGGAACGGUGGAGAAGUAUUAUCCGGCGGAUGAGAAACCGACAGUGAUGACUGCGAGUACGUCGGAUUCGAAAUGCUCAAGUCACGUGAUUUCACCGGACGUCACGUGUUCUUCCGAGGUUCAGAGCGAGUCGAAAUGGGUUAUUGAUCUUGAGGACGCGUUUGAUGCGUCCAUGUUCGGUUCCUUGUUGCAAAAUGACGCUUUUGUCCCUCAGUUUCCGUAUCAGUCUGAUUUCGCCACUAUGUUCGAGGACCCGCUGGAGCAGAAACCGUUCUUCAAUUGGAGUUUUGGUUCUCAGGGGUAAAGUUGUAAAGGGAAUAGAGUUUGAAGCUUUCUCAGAGUAUCCGGC